AUGCGUGCACGAGGUAAAGGUACUCGAAAAGAAAGUCCCGCCGUCUGGUAUGGAAAGGUAUCCGCAGGUAAGGUAGGCAGCAGGGAAGGUACCUACAACGAGGCAGACAACAUGGAAGCAAACACCUCAGUCAACAGACAACAGACAACAGAGCCCACGACGCAUCCAAAGAGAAAGAGAGCUCAGGUAGAAGUGGCCGUGCCUUUGCCUUCUUUGCUCGCACCAGACGAUGCAGCAGUGAGCACAGAUGGGACUGGACUCUUGGACUUCUGGAUUCUGGACUCUGGGCUGACCCACGCUGGACUGAAGGUGCGACUAAUUCCCGUGGUACCUCGAGCGCACUCAGUUAUUCGCCUGCGCUGGCAGGGCACGGGGACUUCAUGUCCCCCGUCUGUGUACGAAUACGCUCUCCUCCGCCGCGCAGAACUCAAGGUACUUUGGGCUGUCAGUGGGACUGCAGACGAGGUACCUUGGUCUGUACUGCCUCAUGUUCCUCACUUGACUACUGCUCAUCUCUGGUUGCAGCCGUUGCCCCAGCCCACCGACGGGUUCUCAUCUUGCCGCAGUUAUCUGCGUCUGUCUAGCAUUCGGGGUGGCUUCAGUAUACCCGUCGUGCUCUAGCCUCCUACGCCUACGGACCUAAUAUCAGGGACCUACGAAGUAGAUACU